CAUGAAUUUUAUUUUAGUUUUUAUUACUAGAAACUUUUGUUUUUUUAUUCACCAACUAAAUUAUGGGAGUUGAUUCUUGAUUCUAAUAAUACAGUCUGGCAGCUACUCAUAAAUAUUCAAUAGAGUUGAGUGUACACGUAAGAAAGAUUAUUUCUUGACACUUGCGCUAAUUUCAUUUGACACCUUAUGUGCAUAUGUAAUAUACGUAUAUGUAUGUAGCAGAGUUUUAAGUUGAUGUUAACUGACAUAUAUAAAAGCAUUUGCAAGAGAUAGAAAAGUUUCAGCUGAGCGACGUAGCUCUGAGCAAAAAUGUCGAAAAUAAAUGUUUUGCAGUCUUUUUCCGCACUUCUCCUCUUGUCAGCACUCUUUCAGCGUGGCAGCGGCUCACAGCGUAUUUGUGGACGUGAAUUAUCAGAUGCGCUUGAUGAGAUUUGCUGGAACGGUUAUAAUGCGAAAGUAAAGAAAUCCUUGCAGUGGCAAGAGGAUGAAAGCAGUAAGGAUGUGGCGAGUGACCUGUUACCCUAUCCUUAUGCCGACUCACCCUUUAUGGCCAAGAUACUUGGUGACGAAUUCAAUGUACUGACCAAAUAUCGUGCUCGUCGCCAGGGUGUUUACGAUGAGUGCUGCCUAAAGGCCUGUACUCGCAAUGAAUUGCUCUCCUACUGCUCGUAAAGUGGCAUUUUUUCUUAGAAAUUUUAAAUGAACAAAUCAUAUUAAUAAUUGAAGAGGUUUUGUGGCAUGUGUGGCUAAAGGAAACUCGCAUUUAAUAUUACGGUUUCUUAUACAAUUACUUUUACUUUAUUACUCAGCGGAAUAAAAAAUUCCAAAAAUUAAAAAAAAAUGCCA